AUGAAAUUGAUCGGAAGAUUUGCUCGAUGCUUCAUCGGACAACGACAAGAGAACAAGGAUGGAACAGACAAUGAAGAUAGGCUGAGCAGCUUGCCAGAUUCUUUGUUAUGUGAGAUACUCCUGAAUCUCAAGACAAAGGAUGUCGUUAGAAGUAGUGUCUUAUCCAGAAGAUGGGGACAUCUCUGGAGAUGUGUACCUGGUUUGGACUUGAGCUGUGGCUAUCUCUGGAGAUGUGAACUUAGUUUGGACUUGAGUUGGGGUUAUCUCUGCGUAUACAACACUUUUGUGAGUUGUGUCGAUAGGUUUCUGGGUUUUAACAGCGACUUGUGCAUAGAAUAUCUCAAGAUAGAGAACCAUUCUGAUAAUGAUCAUGUAACGCGGUGGAUCAACACCGUUGUUAACCGGAAAGUUAAACAUUUGGAAGUUAAGGACUAUCAUUGGAGGAUUAGUGAAGUCCAUAUACCUUCAAAAGUCUACACUUGUGGGACCUUGGUAACCUUGAAGCUCUGUGACGUGGUCUUGCCUGACCCCAAGUUUGUGUUUUUGCCUUGUCUCAAAGUUAUCCGUCUCGACCGGGUUAUGUUCGACUACGGUUUGGCUUUCCAAAUGCUCAUCUCAGGCUGUCCAGUUCUCGAAAGCUUAACUUUAUGGAUGAAUGCAUGUGGCAAUGUAAAGUGUUUACGUGUGUGCUCCAAGUCUCUAUUGAGACUCAUUCACUUCGGCCAUAUUGGCGACUAUACUGAUGAUAAAAGUCUAGUAGUUGCAAUUGAUGCUCCCAGGCUACGCUACCUCAAGCUCUAUGAUUAUGAAACUCCAAAUGUCAUAGUACAUAAUCUUGGAUCCCUUGUUAAGGUGGAUAUCGAUAUUGUGUCUAAGCCUAGUUCUAGAAGGAGGUUCGAUCCCAAUAAUCUACCAAAGAGAAACAUGAUGCGUAAUUUCCUCGAUGGGAUCUCCACUGUUGAAGAUAUGGUCAUCUCUUCUUCACGUACACUCGAGGUCAUCUAUGAUUACUUAAAAUGUCAACCACUGCCACUAUUUCCAAACCUAACUUCCAUGCGUGCCACCGACUACAAGUGGCAAAUGUUGCCAGCUUUUCUUGAGAGCUUCCCGAAUUUAAAAUCUCUCGUCUUGGAAUCUACUAGAUACCCGGAGAAGGAAGGAAUUAGUACUUUAUCUGGACGUCCAUGUUUCUUGUCAUCUCUUGAGCAUGUUGAGAUACAAAGGCCAUCGACGGGGUUAGUGAGUUAUUUUCUUGAGAACUCAACACUAUGCUUGGAUGAUUCCAGAAUGGAAAGUGAACCUGUCAUCCUCAGAAGACCCCUUGCUACUCCAAGACUCUCUGCCCCAAGAAAUUGA